CCCUCCCCGUGACCUACAGCCCGGGUGGCAGGGACUGAGCCAUCACUCGGGGGACUGGUCCGACGGCAUUCCGCCUCUCAGGAUAAAACCUGGGGCGACCUGCAGGCAGGUCUGCACACUCCUGUCGUGGCCAGCACAGCUUCCCGGCCGGCUGUGCUCCCACCCCUACCCGCCAUGGCGAUUUCCAGAACUCCCCCAGCCCUGGGUGGGGGCUGUCUCAGGAUCUUGACCCCCCUGCUGCUUCUGGCUUCCAUAGCCACCCUCGAUGCUGCCUACACACCUGCCCCCCCGGCCUGUGGGAAGCCGCAACAGCUGAACAGGGUCGUGGGCGGUGAGGACAGCGCCGAUGCUGAGUGGCCCUGGGUCGUGAGCAUCCAGAAGAAUGGGACCCACCACUGCGCGGGCUCCCUGCUCACCAGCCGCUGGGUGGUCACUGCCGCCCACUGCUUCAAAGGCAAUAUGAACAAGCCACUCCAGUUCUCCGUGCUGCUGGGGGCCUGGCAGCUGGGGAACCCGGGCUCGCGAUCCCAGGAGGUGGGUGUCGCCUGGGUGCAGCCCCACCCCGUGUACUCCUGGAAGGAGGGCUCCCGGGCAGACAUUGCCCUGGUGCGCCUCGAACACCCCAUCCAGUUCUCUGAGCGAAUCCUGCCCAUCUGCCUGCCUGACUCCUCUGUCCAUCUCCCUCCGAACACAGACUGCUGGAUUGCAGGCUGGGGGAGUGUCCAAGACGGAGUGCCCCUGCACCACCCACAGACUCUGCAGAAGCUCAAGGUGCCCAUCAUUGACUCAGAAAUCUGCAGCCGCCUGUACUGGCAGGGAGCUGGGCAGGGAGCCAUCACAGAGGACAUGCUGUGCGCUGGCUACCUGGAGGGGGAGCGAGAUGCCUGUCUGGGAGACUCCGGGGGCCCCCUGAUGUGCCAGGUCGACGGCACCUGGCUGCUGGCAGGCAUCAUCAGUUGGGGCGAGGGCUGUGCGGAGCGCAACCGGCCCGGCGUCUACAUCAGCCUGACUGCCCACCGCUCCUGGGUGCAGAAGACCGUGCAAGGGGUGCAACUCCGUGGGCGCUCGCAGGGGAGCGGGCUCGCGGGCCGCCGAGGACGGGCUCCAAGGGCGCUGCGCGCUCCGAGGGCCGUCCAGGGCCGCCUGGGUUAGGCAUCUAGGGGGACAGGGCGGCCUGGGACACCCCAGCCGCCUGACCACGUGGCGUUUCCUCCGUUGUAAAUAAGCCAUCUACCUCCGGGGGGCGCCCGCGGGCCGGCGCCGGACCGCCCCCGCCCCGCCCCGCCCCGCCCCCGGGCUGAGGCUCCACCCCCGGCGCCCGGAGCGCCUUCGGGUAAAUACAUGUUAAUAAUUUUUACAGUUAUUUGUAACCCCGCCCACAUAUCUUAUUUAUUCCUCCAAUUUCAAUAAAUUAUUUAUUCCCCA